UUAAGAUUUCCAUCUCGAGGCAAGCCUAACUGAGUCGAUGUAAACGCGUAUUACCCAGCCUCACCGCCAAAACCAUGAAAAUCGAAUGACCGGAAACGCGUUUGAAUUUUAAAACAAAGUUUUACAACAAUGCAGUGUAUGGACUCACGGGUAUGGAGUCUGUUCAAAAACAACUGGCAAUACACUCUAACUUACUGGAGUGCGUUCUUCAGCUUUGGGUUAUGCGUGGCAUUUCUAGGUCCGACCAUCCUGGACCUGCGCUGUCAAACGCAUUCAAGCCUACAGGAGAUUACCUGGGUCUUCUUUGCUCAGCAGUUAUUCCUCUUUGUUGGCAGCUCAAUCGGUGGCUUCUUCAAUAAAUCACUGAGAUGCUCGUUGUCAGCACUGGCUGUGUGCACCCUGGUCAUCUCGGUGGUCUUCGCCAUGAUUCCCCUCUGUCACAGGGUGCUGGCACUGGCUGUCGCCAUGGCAGUGGCCGGAAUGGCCAUGGGUAUCAUCGACACCAUAGCCAACUUUCAGCUGGUUAAGCUUUACCAGAAAGACUCCACCAUAUUCCUUCAGAUACUCCACUUCUUUGUUGGACUGGGGGCAUUGCUGAGUCCUCUGAUUGCUGACCCGUUCUUGUCUGAGACACCCUGUAUGCUGUUCAAUGGCACAAUCAACAUCAAAACCAACAACACAAUGCGCCACAUGAGGAACACGCUGAACGGCAUCCGUACUCACGUGUCCCAGUUCCCAUUUCACACUGAGGGGGAGGUGGUCACCAAUGUCUCCUAUGCUUUCUGGAUAAUGGCACUGAUCAAUCUGCCUGUUCCGAUAGCUGUGUUUGUGCUCAUGUACAGAGAGAGACUGAUAGCCUGCGGUUCCGGGGCUAGAACUCGUCUGCUGGAGAGAGACGAGUUGGCCAUGAGGGCCCAGGGCUCUUCCGCCUUAACAACCACCCCAUCCCAGAGCAGCUUAGAUAACUCCAGCCUGUUUAGCUGCUGUCGUUAUGGAGACCUAACUGGACAGCCGCUGGGGUUUGUCGGCAUCCAUGUCCUGGCAGGGAUGGUGCUGUUCUUUUCAGAUGGCAUUGUGGGUGCCUAUGAGGGGUUUGUGUACUCGUAUGCUGUGGCUGAACCCAUGUCUCUGCCUCAUAAAACGGCUGGUUAUCUGACCAGUGUCUUUUGGGCAGCCAUCACAGCUGGCCGACUGGCAGCCAUACCCCUGUCAUACCGCAUUCCGGCCAGUCGCCAACUCACCGUCAACCAGAUAGGAAUCAUGUGCACCUUAUUGAUGCUUCUCAUGCUGUACACCAGCCCUGCGUUCCUGUUUAUAGGCACCCUGGUACUAGGCCUUUUCAUCAGCAGUGUCUAUCCCAGCAUGCUGGCUUUCACUGAGGACAUGCUGAACUACAGAGGUUGUGCCACCACUUUGCUAGUUACCAGUGCCAGCAUGGGUGAGAUGUUUCUCCAGCUGCUUGUGGGAUCUGUGAUGCACAGUCAGGGGAGUUACAGCUUCAUGGUGUGUGGAGUCAUCUUCAGCAUCCUGGGCCUUAGCUCAUAUCUCUUGCUCCUGUACUGCUGGCGGAUUUACAGUGCCCAGUCGACAGGUGACGUGGAGAAGAACACAAAGACAGAGAAUGCAGACGUGAAUGGUGUGAACCACUGAGGCGGAGGUGUGGCACUGGCACCAGAGUUAUUGUGGCACAAGGAGAGGCCAGGGAGGGAUGAUGAUGAGAAGAAGGGAACAAGAGAAACAUGGCAAGCUGCCGAUGACGGGGCUCGUUCUGCUGUGUCACGGGACAUGAAAUUCAUCUCACUACAAAAUCAAAACUGCACACAGAUCAAAGACUAAAGAUGUACAUAAUUACCAGUUUUAGAUAGAAACUGUUAAUUGUUUUACAUACGAAUGAAUGAAAACGUUUAUUUUUGUAGAAAUAACAAACAUUCAACUCACCAAAUUGCUUCCUGGAGCCUACUGUUUAUGUUUUGUCAUUUUGUUGUGGAUUGUUUGAGGGUAAGAAUUUCUGAUGCUGAGCAAUUAUGACCUACAUGUAGCACUAACAUAGCUGACAUUUCCACUCCCCAAUGCUAUAAGAGUACGUGAUUAUGUCCAUUCGUUGUGUCUAGCAGGACAGUGCCUAGUAAACAACCAUUGAAAUGACACAUUUCUGGAUGGGCAGAUAUACUUAUCCUGAUUGAGAAGGAAGAAGGGAACGUUGAGGUUUCUAAAAUGUGAAAAAUCAUGCAUCUUUCUCUUUCUAUGAAGGUUGAUUAGUUGUUUGUUGAACAUAAAACCUGAAGUGUGAUCAAAUUUGACAGAAGUGAACAUUGCUGGUGGACUUUUUUCUCUUGAACUUCUAAAUUUGAAUGUUGUGUAAAAAUGGUCAAUUAUUCACUUUAAACCGUAAACAAAAUGACAAGCAACAAGACAAUUGCCAUGAACUUUUGCCCUGGCUUGUCAAAUGUG